CACAAAAAGGCUUGGACGAAUUGUUUAGAAGCUAGAGAACAAAACCAUAAAAUAUGACUCGAACUGAAAGUCUAAAACCAAGGGCACACUAAUGACUUGAUUUGUUGUUUAACCUGUUUUGCUCUUGACUUUACCUGCAACACAAGGGUUUUUCUUUGGCAACUGUGGAGACUCGCAGGGUGGAGUGUUGUUCAUAGCCAUGGCCAGCGCCCCUGCGGAGAAGACGGAGGAGGAGCUGCGGAAGGAAAUCGAAGAACUCAAUCGUCAACGUCGCGAGAUAACGGAGAGGCUUCGCGAUCCAAGAGGCAUUCGCCGCGGUGGUUUUACGGGCUCUGGUCCUCGGAAUUUCGUCGCCAACGGCGGCCGGCGUGGCCUUGUCAGACCGGCCGAAGGGAAUGAUGUCGAGGACCAGCCUAUGCCAAAAAGGAGAUUAUUAUCUACAGUUGUGAAGAUUGAAGAUGGUGAGAUUGUGGAUGAUGCGCCUGAAGCUCCAAAAGUAAUAAAGAAAGAAUCUAUUUUUGAGGAUAACCCAGGGAAAGGAAUUGCAAUGCAAGGUCAGAGCAUACCAACAAACUGGAAUAGAAGAGAUGAGAGUCAAAGGCCUUUCAAGAGGGUCUCUGAUAUACCUCCAGAAGAGCAUGUUCCUAGAGUGUUUCCAAAAGAUGAAGAUCCUAAAUUGGUUAGUAGAAACAAGAGAAUGCUCGGUCAGCUUCUAGGCACUUUAGAGAAAUUCAGAAAAGAAGAUGUGCAGCGUUCUGGGUCCGAAGCAUAUAUGCGGAGGUCAGAUUCUCUACGAAGGGCUGAGCAAAAAGCACGUGAAGAAAGUGACAGAUUAAGACAACAGCAGCGAGAGCUGAUUGUGGAAAAACGAAGAAGGGACCUGACUCUUAGAGCACGAAUUGCUGCCAAAGCUGAGGAGAAGAGGAUGGAGUUGCUGUUUCUCAAGUGGAGUGAGCAUAAGAAAAGACUAGGCAAUUUUAUAAGAACAGAAGCACAACCUCCAGUAUAUUAUAUGUUUGCCAAACCACUAGAAGAUGAAGAUGCAGCUUUGACAGAGAAGAAAAAAGAGCAGAUAUUCCAAGAAUGGAAAGCUGCCAGGAGAGAAGAAUUGUCACAAUAUCAGAAAGAAAUUGGUGAAGAAUACAUCUCAAAUGUUGAGAAAGAGAUGGAGAGAUGGCAAAAUUGGCGAAGGGGGAGCAGGAGGGUGAACAACAACACUGCAGACCUCCAGGAGUCGAUGGACAAGGAGCUAGAAACCCAUAGGCUCGAGCAUGGUCCAAAAACCAGAAAGAUCCCUGAAAAUGAUAGCAAUGAUUAUGAAGAAGAUGUUGAAGACAUCAAUGCUGCCGAAGAUGACAUGAUGAUGGAUGAUGUUCUUGGUGUUGAUGAGUCCAAUAACCAUAGAGUUGGUGAUGGUGAAGCUGGAAAUGCUGAAGUUGCUAAUGGUGGUUGAAGUCUGGAGAAGCAGGGUUACUAGAAGAGCACCAUUACUGGUUUAUUGUCAUAUCUGGUUCAAGUAUUUCUAAUUGUGGUUUAAUUAAUGUGUUUUUUUAAUAGUGUAAUAGUUUAUAUAGUAUAUGACUUAUUUGGUAGGCCUGGUCUAAGAAGUUUCAUAGUUUUUGUUGCUUUUGAUUUGUGUUAAUGCGAGUCUGUUUUUUUGGGGUUUCCUCCCUUGACUACUCUUUUCAGCGUAAACCUUGUUGUACUUUUAUAUAUACAAACCUUUUC